UAAAUACAAAAAUUCAUUAAACAGACGAGCGAUCAGAAAUAUUACUGCUGCAGUCCGAGGAAAGUGGCCCGUAUGUCUGACCGGUGGAAAAGGGGAAAAAGCAAAAAUAGUUGUUUACUUUCGGAACAGAAGCAUCGACAACAACAACGCGAAACACCGGGAAAUCAGUUUUUGCUGGCCCCUCAACAUAAAAAGAUGUGUUCAAAACUAAAUAAUUUACGAGUGGUGUUGGUUAUUCUGUGUUUUGUUCCGCAGAACACAUCAAAGUUCGAGUAUACAAACAUCAAAUGCACUUCUCAUGACACAAAUUUUACCACAUUUGAUUAUUGCUACAUAAAACCCAUAAAUCGGACAUACAAGUAUGUUUCCUUCAAAGCGAGACUAUUAAAGACACCUGUUACUAAAAUUAAGUUAAACUUUGCAUGGUUUAGACGGGUGAAUGGUUACAUGCCGUUUCUGUAUAACAUAACAGUGGAUUCAUGCCGCUUUCUAAAAAAUCCCAGUUCUCAACCUAUAGCUGAGUUUUUUUAUAACCUUUUUAGGGCUCACUCCAACAUGAACCAUACAUGCCCUUACGAUCAUGAUAUCAUUGUCGAUAAGUUAUCCGCCUCCUUCAUGAACCACAAAUUAACGAAAGUUUUGCCUGUUCCGGAAGGACAAUACCUGAUGGAGACACAUUGGUACGCUUACGACAUUCUUCGAGCUAGUGUCAAUUUCUAUGCAUUAAUUUCUUGA